AUGGUGCUGCCUGCACACUCAAGACAUGACAUCAUCCUAGGAAGAGAAUCCCAAGGAGACUUCAGUAUGAUUUGCUCUGCACCACAUUCAGCCGUUGGAUUCCCAACGGAAACAGGCAUCGCACUGAUAUACGCAAGCAAGGAAGUCUUAGCAACAAAUGAAAUGAGGCCUACAAAAGUAAGUAAACCAGCGCCACGCGCAGAGGCAGAAAAAUGGGUGUUGAACAGCGCUCACCCAGAACAAACAGUUACCCUAGGGCCAGCGAUGUCCGAACUAACGCGCGCAGCGCUCAAGAAAUUGUUACACGAGAAUAUGGACGUGUUCGCCUGGACACCAUCUGACAUGGUUGGUGUUCCACGGCACAUUGCGGAACACCGUCUAAACGUCUCAGAGGACGCAAAGCCAGUGGUACACGCCAAGCGCCACCUAGGCGAUAUAAAGCAUGACGCCAUGAAAGAGCAAGUACUAGAACUACUGAAUGCAGGCAUCAUCAGAGAAGUCAGAUACCAAACAUGGGUAGCAAGCCCAGUGAUGGUAAAGAAACCAAACGGCAGCUGGAGAAUGUGCGUCGACUACAAAGACCUAAAUAAGGCAUGCCCAUGA